AUGCUCACACGUCGUGCUUGUGCCAGCGUGCGCGGCAUCCUCUCCCCGCCAUCUGCCACAGUUGUCCGCUCCCAGGCAUUCAGUACCGGGGCUUCGACACAAAGCCCGGCUAGAGCUCCUACUCUCGCAGAUAUUACGCCUGACGGUGCUGCGGUCUUCAACCAGAAGCAGAAGAGCUUCCGCGACGGUCUGAUAGCUGCUCAGAAGCGAAAGGAACAGGAAGAAAGAGAUGCCCGCGCCCGUGAACAAGAAAACAGCAAGAAGAAGGGUGGUGCGCUGUCAUCCCUCAUCUACGGCACACCCGAGGGUCGCGAACUCGACAAGGACAUCGAGCGCAGCUUUUCUCAGGUCCUAGCUCGCGGUAAAUACGUCCACUCGAUUGUAUUCCACGAGGUACAACCAGACAAGGUCGAAGAAUACACUGAGCUGGUUGGAAGUUGGUAUCCGAAGAUGGCUUCUAUCCCCGAGAACAAGGUCCAUCUUGUAGGUAGCUGGAGGACCGAAGUGGGAGACUGCAACACCUUUGUACACAUCUGGGAGUACCAACGCUACGAGGGUUAUCACGAAUCACUGCAUAACAUCCAAUCUCACCCAGAGUUCCCAGAGUUCGACGCCAAACUCAAGAAAUUGAUCCUGUCCAAGAAGAACUCUCUCAUGCAAGAGUUCUCCUUCUGGCCAACAACGCCGCCACGCCAGCUCGGUGGCUUAUUCGAACUGCGCUCGUAUACACUACAUCCAGGCAACCUGCUCGAAUGGGAGACACAUUGGCGACGUGGCUUGAAGGCCCGGCGGGAAGUCAUGGAGGGUGUAGGUGCUUGGUUCGUUCAGAUCGGUGAUCUCAACACAGUACACCAUCUAUGGCAAUUUGCCAACCUAGAGGAACGCAAGGUUCGCCGUGAACAGAGCUGGAGCGUGGAAGGCUGGGGCGAGACGGUGCACAAGACGGUGCCACUCAUCCAAACCAUGAAGAGCAGGAUUUUGAUUCCUUGUUCCUGGAGCACUGUCGCUUAA